AUGUCGAUGGGCAUGGAGAUCGUGGGCAUAGCCCUUGGAGUCAUUGGUUUUAUCAUUGCAAUAGUGACAUGCGUCCUGCCAAUGUGGAGGGUGACAGCUUUCAUCGGAGCCAAUAUCAUCACUGCUCAGACCAUCUGGGAAGGUUUAUGGAUGAACUGUGUCACCCAGAGCACUGGCCAGAUGCAAUGCAAGAUCUACGACUCAAUGCUGGCCUUGCCUCAGGAGCUGCAGGCCUCCAGAGCGAUGACGAUUGUCGCCAUCAUACUCGGGGUGCUGGGGGUCAUGAUCUCCAUCGUCGGCGCCAAGUGCACCAACUGCAUCGAUGACGAGCCAUCCAAGGCCAAAGUGAUGAUCAUCGCUGGAAUCUUCUUUGUCCUCGCGGGCCUUUUGGUCCUCAUCCCCGUCUCCUGGACAGCCAGCGUCCUCAUCCAGGAUUUCUACAACCCCUUGCUGAUCAGCGAGCAGAAGAGGGAGCUGGGUGCAUCGCUCUACAUCGGCUGGGGGGCAGCCAUCCUGCUCCUGAUUGGUGGGGCAAUGCUGUGCAGCAGCUGCCCACCAAAAGAGAAGCAGUACAAGCCGCCCCGGAUGGCCUACUCCGCCCCGCGCAGCACCAGUGCAGGCGGAGGGUACGACAGGAAAGACUAUGUUUGA